UGACACAUUGCAAUGUUGUGUACAUGUCAAAAUAAAAAGAUAUCAUCAAUAGGCGGUCUUGCUGGAACCGAAGGCAGAGUUUUACCCAGAAUUACGGAAUUAGUUAAGUGAUAAACAGCAUUUUGCGUCUGUUUUCCGGUCAAUUUGUUUUGUCAGCAAAGGAACAAUCCUGUCAAUUAUGUCUCCAUCACAUUGCAUCUUAAUUCUGUUGGUAAGUUUUCUAACUGUGUGCACAGCCGACCGACCUCCGAUGGGUCUUCCAACAGCAAAUGAAAAAAAGUCUACCAAGCUUCCACCAUGCCAGUCAUGCACAAAAUUAGUGGAAUCAUUCAAAAAGGGAAUGGAAAAGACUGAACGAGGAAAACAUGAAGGGGGCGACGCUGCUUGGGAAGAACAAAGACUCGGCAGCUACAAGCGCAGUGAGGUUAGGCUAGUCGAUAUACAGGAAGGCUUGUGUAAUGACAUUAUCGUCGGCCAGGAUCAAUGCCAUGCGUUAGCCGAGACAAAUGAACAUUUGUUGGAGGAAUGGUGGUUUAAGGAACAAGGCGAUACGGCCGAUAUUUUCUCAUGGCUGUGUAUCGAUCGAUUACAAGUCUGCUGUCCACCGAACAAAUACGGUCCGAAUUGUGAUGAUUGCUCGGACUGUAACGGCAAUGGCAAAUGUAAAGGAAAUGGUACAAGAAAAGGAAACGGAAAGUGUUCGUGUGACAAGGGAUACAAGGGUGAAUCGUGCAAUGAAUGCGAGACAGAAUACUAUGAAUCAUUCCGUGAUGACACCAAACUGCUUUGUUCACGCUGUCACCAUGCUUGCGACAUUGGCGGAUGUAAUACGGCCGGUCCGAAGGGCUGUCGCGUUUGCAAACACGGUUGGUCAAUGCAACCGGAAUUGGGCGGAUGUGUUGACAUUGAUGAGUGCGCCACGAUUGAGAACACCUGUACAACAAAUCAAUUUUGUGUGAACAGUGAGGGAUCGUACAGUUGCUUGGAAUGUGAUAAAUCGUGCCUCGGUUGCAGUGGCGAUGGUCCUGACCUGUGUGAUAAAUGUGCCGAUGGAUAUGAGCUGCGCGAUGGAAUGUGUAAAGACAUGACAAACGAACGCCGUGAGAACUACGUAACAUUCACACGAUAUCUCACUUAUUUGGGACUGUGCAUUGCUACAUGUGUCAUUUUUCAAAGUUCUACAUGGGCCGCUUCAGCAGUUGGCUUAGCUGUUGCACUGUAUAUAUCGGUGUCUGAAUACUGGUUGCACAUGAAUCCGUCGCCAACGGCCAACAAUGGACCGCGACCGAUCGAAGAUCUGUUCAAAGGGGCUGAGAUAGGCUAAAUUUCCCGUUUGAACCGAUCAAUUUUACGACGAAAUCGAAUGGUUUCGUUUCGUCUGCGACAGGGUUUUUAGAAAUUGUGAUUUUGUACUGUUUUUUCAUUUCGUUAAUUUAUAGUUUACAUACUACAUGAGUGUGCGCGCCCGUGCGACCAUAUUAGGAACUCAUAUUUAACCGAUUCGAAUUUUCAUCAAUAUAAAACGGCAAAAUUGAAUACAUCCAGCAACUAAAAUGCUACAGAUUUUACGACGGAAUCAUUUAUAAUUUAUCUACAAUUCCAGAUGUUGCUCGACUGUCCGAACCCGUAGAACCGUUGGACCAUUUAAGCGACGAACUUUAGCCAAAUUUUAUUUUUUAAGUUUCAAAAACGUGAUAUUUUCAGUUGUUUAAAUUGUACACCUUCCUUAUAGUCAAUACAAUAUUGUAAUUAUAGAUUCUCCCGUUACCUUGCGUCCGGUCCGGUAGUUUUGUAAUCGAUAAGAAGUUGAGUGAGUUAUAGGAUAAUCAAAUAAAAAUCGAUCAAUUGGUACUGCCAUC